AUGUCGGACCCAACUGAGGAUAUAAAGUCAUUUUUUUCAACAACAAAAGCAUUAAAAUCAAAAGGAAAAGAUUUUUUUCAACUUCAUAAACAAAUCACAGAUUAUAAAAAAACAAAUAAGCAACGAUCAGAAAAACUUAAUGAAUCAAUUAUUAAAUUUGUUCAAUUUUCUUGCGACUUAGCCAGUAAUCCAGAAUACAGUGCAAUUUGGCAAUCACUUGUUGAUAUUACAUCAGAUAUUGUCAAUUCUUAUGGGGCAUUACAUUCUGGUACUGAUCCACAAACGUUUGAUGUUUUUUUCAAGCCGUUACUUCAGGAAAUUGAUGUUGAAGAACAUUCUGAUCUAUAUAAAUUCAUCGAACGGCUUCUUGCUAAAAUAAAUCUUGGCUUCAAAAUAGCAACCAGCGAAUAUUUUCGAAAAUUAUUUCUUGAUGCAUUCGCUUCAAAUGUUAAACGUAAAUUAAAAGAAAGUUAUGAUCUAUUUCGUAUUAUUCAUGUACAUAUUCCUGAAAUAAUUUCACCGAUUCUUACUAUGCAUCAAGCAUUUCUAAAAAAUCCAAAUCCAGACCAAAGAGAAAUUGGUAUUCGUUUCAUAGUUGAUGUUCUUAUAGGAACAUAUACCAUAAGAGAAGAAUUAAGUCGAGAUGUUCUCGAUGAGUUUCGUAAAAGUUUUCAUGAAAAAGAUUCGGAAUCUCAACGAAUCGCUAUUGAAAAUCUUUCAAAAUAUCUUUUACGAAAAACUUAUCUAACGAAUAUUCUCAUCGAUGAUUUAAAAAAAUGUUUCGAGUUUCAAAUGAUAUCGUCUCAUCUCUUAAUUGUUCUUGUUGAUCAACUUAGCUUGGCAAUCAAAGAAUGUUAUCAUGCCGCACCAGAUUCUCUUCUUCAUUUACUUUUAACUGGAUGUAAUCAUUCAAUACCAUCUGUAGCAAUCACUUCUAUCGAUACUAUAGCUUAUCUAUAUCGUCUUUAUUAUGUUAAGGAUCCAUAUCCUUCACCAACUCGUUCACGUCUUGAUACUGUACCAAGAAUUGUUCUUCAUACAGCUAUUAAACAUCCAGAUUUGAUCGUUCGUGUUGAAUCACAAACACGAUUUUUUGAAAAUAUUAUUUUUGAACACUAUCGAAUUGACGAGCGAACUCGUCAAUUUUUUAUUUUCGCACAAUCGGAUUUGGGCGAUGAAGGCGUGAAAAAUUUCGGCCAAUUACUUCAUACUCAAUCGGAAUUACGAUCACUUUUACACAAGGCUUUAGUUAAAUGUUGUACAACAACUGAGACAAGUCGUAAUAAGAUGAGUACAAGUGAAGAUGAAGAAGAAGAUUUAACACCUGAUUUGGAAGAAUUAGAUUAUGAAAAUGAUAAUGAUGAACGUACAACACUUAACCAGAUUUUACAAAAAAUUAGUGAUUUAUGCUUUACCCCGAAAGAACAGGGCAUACAAAAAUUACGUGAAUGGAUAAUAAAAUCAGAACCGAAAGCAAGAGAAAAACUACAAUCAAUCUCAUCAUUGACGCUCGAUCAAUCGGCACUGGUUGAUACAACAUUUUCUAAAACAACAAUUCAUAUGGAUGAUUCAACAGCAACUAUUAAUGAAGCUAUACAACUUGUUGAAGAUCGUUUAGCUAGUCGUGUAUCCAUUGUUUUCUCACAUGACUUUCUUCAAGAAUUUCCAUUAUGUGCACAAUCUUAUUUUAAUGAAGGUAAGGCUUCAUGUGACAUUGAUAUAUACAUACGUACAUGGAUAAUUGAUUUAGAAGCAAAAUUAGAUGAACCGACUGAUGAGGACGAUGAUAAUGAGGAUGACGACGAAGAUGAGAAUGAAUCUGCUUCAUUGAAAUCAACAGAAAAUCGAUCGAAAAAUGAACAACAUCAACAUCGUUGUAUUAAACAAAUGGGAAAAUUAACAAAAGUUCUUCGAACAUAUCUUGAUAGUUUCAUGGAUGUUGAAAUUUUAGAAAAAUUUAUUGAAAUUAUCGAUGAAAACCGACCAAUACUGAGUACAUUUGUUUUUGGUAUCUUAGCUGAGUUCGGUGCACUUCUCGGUCCUGGUCAAAUAAAAACUGCGCUUAUCGAUCGUCUUGUCGAUGUUCUUGUCGAUGCAAUUAACAAAGGUGAUACAACAACAAUGGGUAAAUGGGCUAUGCGGGCACUCGUACCUAUUGUUGGAUCAAAUGAACAACAACUAGAACAUAUUAUUACACACGAUCUAUUUGGCAAAACAAAAACAUCGUGGUGGUCAACAGACGGUUCAGCAUCACCGUAUCGAUGGCUAUUACUAAGUCAUAUAGUUAAAUAUGCACCAUCAACACGAACAAUGUUUAAUAUUCUACAACAAAUAAUCAAAGUGAUUCUACGUCAUUUUCCAAAUCCUAAAAAUACCGAUGCACCCAUGAAAUCAUUUGAUGAAGUUUCUAAUGAUAUUCAAAUGAGAGCUAACCAAUUGAAAUUUCUUUCGCGUUCGACAAAUUGUAUUCAUGUACAGCGGCACGGAAAGUCGUUUAUGAACGACAACGAUGAUGAUGAUGAUGAUGAUAAUGAAGAUGCCGAUGAUGAAGAUCGUAUUGAUACAAUUAAUUUACUUAUGAAAUUUUUACUUAAAUUAAUUAAAGAUGUUUUUAUAUUUCCUAACAAUGAAAUUGGUCGACAUUAUUUACAAUUGCAAGCAUCGAUUGAAGUACUUCGUAUGUUAGAAAUUCCUGAAGUUUUUCACAGUUUUGCACCAACUGAUUACGUUGAAUUAUUUACUGCUGCAACACAUCAAAAUUCUCAUGUUCGUCAUCGAUUUCUUCAACGUAUUUUAAAUAAAGUAGCACAAUGGAAAUUAUCUGUUCUAUUUCUUGGUUUUACCAUUGCCGUGCCCAAUGAUGACGAUGACGUAUUAACGGGAAAAAAUCUUAAAUCAGUUAUGGAACGUUUAUAUUUAUUAGCGUCAAAAGGAUCAGUUGAAACGAUGCAACGGUUAUUACCAGAAAAAAGCAUAUCAUUAAUGGUCUAUUUACAUGCUAAUAAUCGAAGUCUUAUUGUUGAAAUCGAUCGAGAAGUUCUUGAAUCAAUAACCAAUUCUGUUAAAUGGAGUUUACGCACUAUGUUACAAGCACGUGAAAAAACUAAUAAACGAUUUCAUGGUGCUAUACCAAAAUUACUUCAUUCAAUAAAACAUAGCCGUUCAAAAGCCGAUCCGCUUGAUGACGAUCUUCAUCAUCGUAUCUAUUUGGUUGUCGAUAUAUUUCAAGCAACAUUUGCUGAUUUGUCACCACUCGAAGCUUAUGAUUUUGCUGAUGUUCGUAAUAAUCUAUCCGGUGAACCACUUCUUUUUACACAGCCAAACUUCAAAAAUUUAAAUACACAAUCUUAUUUGCCUGAUUUUUAUAAAGAAAAAAAAGUAACAAAACGUUCGAAGAAAAAAGAUGAAACAAUGCCAUCCGGUGAUGAUGAUACUGAUAAUGAAACUGAAUUUAGUGAAAUGGCUAUAACACCAACAGUAGCAGCUGAUGAUGAAGAUGAUGAGAAAAAUACAAGAAAAAAAAAGAAAAAUUUACCAACGAAAAAACGUCAGCGUUCUCGUGCUAUUGAACCACCAUCGAGUUCAAGUGAAACAAUCGAUGAUGAUGAUGAUGAUGAAGAUGAAGAACAAAUGCAACAGGAAGAAAAAGAAAAUGAGAAAAAAAGUCGAAAGCGAAAAAUUUCAUCAUCGAAACGGUAA